GAAGCUGCGACAACAGACUUGAACCACAACGUCGGCGCCUUGAGUUCAAACACGUCGCUGUCAUGUUAUUACACAGGUGUCUCUCUCGUGUACUUUCAGAGAAAAUAUCGCGACCCAUGGUGGUUUACUGUCGGGUUGUGCGGUGGUGCUCGUAUGAAAGGUGUGGACUUUAUUCCGGUCGCCAUCCUCGUGUAUCAACAUCUUCCUCCCUGGACUGGCGUCAUCUUCACCCUAAAGCAAAACCUUACACCAGUAGAAGCUUCUGCACCACCCAGAGUAAAACAAGUGAGACUGUUGAUCAGAUCCAGUCGACAAAGUACCACCUAGUGUACACAUGCAAGGUUUGCAGCACUAGAUCCGUGCAGAAGAUCUCCAAGCAGGCCUAUCAUAAGGGUCUUGUGAUCGUGACAUGUCCAGGAUGCAAGAACCACCACAUCAUCGCCGACAACCUGGGCUGGUUCGCCGAUUUAGAAGGGAAGAGGAACAUCGAGGAGAUCCUCGCUUCCAAAGGAGAAGCGGUGAAGAGGCUGGAAGGAGGAGAUGCUUUGGAAGUCCUUCUUGAGUCCACCUGUAGAAACAAACUACGGCAUUGUCCUGAUGAGGAGCUAGCAAACAAGGAUACGGAAGAUAAAGAUUCAUCAUAGCGCUGUAUCAAGGAUGAUCAUGUUUUGUGGUCCACGAUGAACACAUUUUUUAAGGAUGCCCAUUAACCAGACCCUGCAAUAUGUGGGAACAUAAACCAAAGCCGAGCAUCGACGAGCACUCUUCAAGCGUAAAACAUACACGGAGAACGUCAACGUCAAUGACAGCGCAGACAACCGACAAUAAGUUUGUUUUGCAAACUGUGCACACACUUGUGUGAAUUGGUCCCUCGUAAAAAAAUUAUCAUAAAAAAUGUCAGAUAAAUACAUUAAAGCCUCACUUUCUGAAUAAAGAAUAUCUUGAAAAUGA